CCUACACUGGUCGUGCAGAGAGAUACACGCGUUAUUUUUUUUGUUUUAAUUAAACUCAUAAUUAUGCAAUCAGAACCGCAUUGUUAUCGUAAUAUAAAUAUUUGAGAUAAGUUGUAAUUAAAUCAUGGGCUAUGGUGCGUGAAACUCAAAAUAAUACUGGAAAAAUAAUAAUAAUUAUAAUAAUAUAGGGUGGCCUAGUUAAUCUUGUAACAAUUGGAAUGUGCAAGGAUCGGCAAGUAAAUGAGGGAUGGACAUUUUUGGUCGAAUGUUAUUGUUUUGGUUUCGCUGUUAUUGUUGUAAAUAGAAAGUCAAGUGAUGCUUGUGAUAACUUAUGAAGUACUCAGUAAUAGAUGACUCCCAUCAUCACCCACUCAGCAGCGUUUUUUUUUGUAUUUGAUUCAGUGCUACUUCAAUCUUGUACUCGUUCAGAUAUGUCGCUCGAUGAUGGCUCCUGCAGGAUUAACAUUUGCAAUGGUUUGCUCUUGUACUACCACCAGUACUCGUUCUAUUCCCAGAAGGUUUUGAUGGCAUUGCAUGAAAAGAAAUUGCCAUUCGAAUCCUGCAUUAUAGAUCUUCCGAAGGGCGGACAAUACGAGCCAUGGUAUCUACAAAUAAAUCCAAGGGGCGAAGUGCCUGUCCUGCAGGAUUGCGGCAAACUAAUUCCCGACUCAACGCGCAUCAUAGACUAUUUGGAAGAUCACUUUUGUAUAGCUGACAUUCCAAAAUUGAUACCCAUGGAGGAAGGUUUCGAAGUUCGUCAAAGAAUCACCUAUUACCGUCACAUCCUCGAUCAAAUACCCGCAGGAAUUUUAACCAUGGGCUCGUUCUUCCACCCGGAAUUAGUGAAAAGACCGAAGGCUCCUUUCCUGCCACCUGUCAGAAAAAACUUCAUAAGAACAGAGAACAAUAGGAGUGAAAUCUUGAAAGCGCACGCUGAGAAUAACCCGGAGUGUCGUCACAUCCUGCUAAAGAAACUUGAGUUCCACGAGCGAAGACACCAAAUCGUCACCAACAAAGAGGAAUUUCUCAGUGUCUUAAAUCAAGUCGAAGAUGUUCUUGAUAAAGUCGAAGAGGAAUUGGCGUCGCACAACCAUAAAAAUCAAGAGAAUUGGUGGUUGUGUUCGAAUACAUUCACGGUCGCCGAUAUUAGUUUGACCAUUUUAUUGGAGCGUCUGAAUCAGCUGGGCUUCGAGUGUGCUUUCUGGAAAGAUUCCAGAAGACCGAAUAUCGAAAAAUAUUAUAAACGCGUGCAGGAGCGUGAAUCUUAUAAGAAAUCCAUCCCGAACAUUUUCUUCCAUUUGAAAACUGUGGUCAGGGUUAAACCAAUAGCAAUUGGAUGCGCCGUCGUUGCGGGAAUGUUCCUAAUUGUUGGAGGCUUCUUCAUAAUCAGGAAAAUGAUGUAGUAAUUGUCUUGCUAAUAGUACUUAAUAUAUAUUAUUCAUCAAUAAUUCACUUACAUGAUUUUCUUUGCA